AUGGCACCUGGUUUAAUUUAUCGCGACAAUAUAUUAUCUAAAGAAGGUAAAAAACGCGUUGAAGAUAAAGUCGCACACCUUGCCUUGGAACCUUUAGAUUCUCAUGAUUUUCCACCUAAAGUAAUUGUUUACUUAGCACCACCACUAAGCGAUGGACUUCAUAAAACGAGAGUUCAUUUUAGAGAAUAUGUAAAGCCAAUUCUUGUUGCCUCGGCAUUCGAUUAUGAAAUUGUUGAAGGUCCACAACCCGGACAAAUUCGGUCAAAAGUGAGAGAAGCGAUAAGAGAAAGACGUCGUAAAGAAUCAAACAAAUCAAUACAAAAUGACAAUAAAUCUAGUGAAUCUAAUGAAUUCACAAAUGAAUCACAAUUUAAAUCAUCAGAUAAAAUAAGUGAUGGUGCCAUAGUUAUAGGUCGUGUUGGUUUUGUAGAAUAUUUGCAAGGUUUAAAUGAUGGGUGUUAUGCUUCUCUUUUGGAUCAACCUGAAACUGGUCAAUUAAAAGAAUCCACAACUGGAAAAUCGGAAAAAUCCACAACCGGAAAAUCAGAGGAAUCUACGACAAAUGAUUUAGAACCUUCAAAAGUAAAUAAUGUGAAUGAUGAUAAAAGUAAUACAAAAUCUUCGCAAGAAUUUAUAAAAGAUGAAGAAAAUUUUUCUAUACCCGAACUUGAACCUAUUGGAUAUAUUCAUUUUUAUAAUCGAAUUGGUUGGAAAUAUAUUCCUUUGAGAAUUUAUCACGCUCUUAAUUCUUAUAUGAAUUUUGACAUUGCAAGCAAUGAAACCACCAAAGUUGUUUUAGGUAAUAAAAGGAAAUUUACUAAAGAAGAUUUGAAACUUGGAAAAGAUGAAGAGAAAUUCUUUAAGGAACAUCUUGAAGAAUCAAAUUUAGAUGAAAGAAUUGUUGAAAAGUUAACCAUUUUUAUAUAA